UUCACUACCUUCUAUAGCUUAAUCUUCAAGGCUCGGAGAAAAUCAUGUCAACUGAUUGGGGACCGGUGAUCACCGCGGUGGUCCUCUUCAUCCUCCUAUCGCCAGGGCUCCUGUUUCAGCUUCCGGCGAGGAACAACGUGGUGGAGUUUGGGAACAUGAGCACAAGUAGUAUCUCAAUUCUAGUUCAUGCCAUCUUCUUCUUUGGUAUACUCACCAUCUUAAUAGUUACAAUUGGCGUUCACCUAUAUGCUGGAGGUGGAGGAUAAGAGAUGGAAGAGGGAGCUCUCUGGUUUAAUUCUUAAGCUCGUGUUUUCUAUCUUAAGGUUGUUUUAUGAGGAAU